AUGAUUGUAAAUCGCGUGUGUAUAAUUAUUAUCAUUUUGUCUUUAUAUUCAUCAAGAUGGAAGAGUGAAAAAAAGGAAGCAAGGGUUUUCGACAGAAACUCAGAAGAAGAGGAGGGCUGGAAAAACGAGUAUAUUUUAGAAAGUGGGAAAUGGAAGACAAUAGGAGAUAAAAAAUUAGAAUUCCGUGAUAGUUCAUCUAUGAGUCCAAAAUGGAAUAAACACAAAAGAUGGAAGAAAAUCGGAGCAAUCAGCAGCAGUGAAAAUUUAACAACUCGAGAAAGUGCUACGGAGUAUGCAGAAGGGUCAAACGGAGCAGAUGUAGCAGACGAGGCAAAUGACGCGUAUGAAAAAAGUGAGCAUCACGAUAAGGUUGAAAAAGCAAUUAGAGAUACCCCUCACGCAUUAUCCUUCACACAGUAUAGAUUAAAACAGAUUUAUGCUGAUAUAAGAAUGUACAGCGCCUUACAAGUUUUGAUGAACCAAUAUUGCCAUCCAGGUGUAUCUAGAUGUGCAGGGACUGUGAGCAAGUGCUUCUGUCAAGAUAUAUGGAGAUUAAGACAUUAUAUAGAAGGAAAUAAUUGUGUUAAUAACUGUGGUGAUAUGAUUAGGUGUUCUGGACCCUUAUUUAAUAAUACAAAAAAUCCAAUACCACUAGGAGUUGUAAACAGUCUAAGGGUGAAAACCUGUGUCGUUUCGAGUAAGCAAAGAAAAUUAGACAUGCUGUGCGGAGAAAAUAAAUUGUUACGUAUUUAUGGUAGUACCAAAUAUUGUAUUCCUCACAAUUUGUUAAACAUGGAUAAAAUUGGAAAUUACUGUUAUAGUGAUAAGGCAAAAGUGAUCCCUUGUGCAGGUUUUUUUUUUGAUGAUAAUAAAAAUGUUUACGAAUUUGAAUUUAGUAAUUCUAUUUUUUUUACUCUAUAUAAUUCAUGCAACGAAGAUUUAGAAGGGAUUGGAGAGCAUUACAUUGGAUGUCAGAAUGUGUCGAUAUCAGGAAAAAAUUGCUUGCCUUGGAAUUCUCUAAAUAUAAAGGAAAUAUUAGGAACAAGUUAUAAACAUAAUUAUUGUCGAAAUCCAGAAAACUUAAAAACAAUAUAUUGUUUUGUUAAUAUGAACGGAUUUGUAUUUCGAGAAUAUUGUGAAAUAAAAAAUCCUAUAAUUAUCAAUAACAUUACCUAUUUGAACACAACGAAAUUCGAUUUUGAUAUAACAAUGAAAAAUGCUUCUGAUUUUCGCCUAAGACUUUCUAGAGGCAAUUGUGAAGACACACCAUAUCUUUAUCACGAUCCAAUUAAGAAUAUUUCAUAUGAGAUGAAUAAUUAUACUUAUCAUGAUGUAGAUGGAGAAGUAGCUUUAACUAUUACAUUUAAAAACUUGGUUGUAGAUUUUUAUAAAAACUUAGAGUUCUCUAUCUGUGCAUGUUACAAAUAUUAUUACGAGAAAAGUGACACAAAUGCUUGUUCAAAUGAUAACUACAAAACGAAAUUGGGAACUUUUUCAAUAAAAAGAGCAGUUUUUAAUGAAAAAAAAAACACUUUUAGUGUAAAUGACAAGGAAGGUCUCUACAUAUAUAUAAAUAAUGAAUAUGUAAAAAAUAUGGAGAUGUUUAUAAUCAAUGCAAAAUACUCCUAUCAAUGUAACAACUUGAACUUUUUGGAACAUUUUCCUCAAAACGAUUUUUACAAAUUAUUAACCGUAGAUAUUAGUAGGUCUAUCCAGAGAAUUAAACCAAGUUUAAACACAGACAUAGCUUAUAUCAUUCUAUAUGCCUACUCUGAUAAAAUUUUUGAUGUAUACACAAUGUUUCAUCGAAAUAAAGAUUUUGCAUUUUCAGAAAUCGAUCUAAACAUAGACACUACUAAAAAUGUAAUGGGAGAGAACUCCUUCAUUAAUGUAAAAUUUGAAAAUUCGACAAAAAAAAUAUUAGAUAAAAUUUCGAUUCAAAAAAUUUACAAUUUAAAAAAUGGAUCUAAUCUAAUUUGUGUAAGAGAUUUAUCCUCAAAUUUUAUGCCAUUCAGCUAUAUGGGGAAAAUAACAUAUAAUGACUACAGCACGUCCAAUAUUAAAUACAUUUUAAAAAGAGGAGAAAACAUUUUUGAAAAUUUUGUCUACCUAAAGGAUAUUUCAAAGUUUAAUCCUAACAACCAUUUGUUCUCUCUCAGUAAGAUCAGCUGCCCCUUUACAACAAUUGUGCCUAUAGCAGAAAGUUCCCUACAAAUUUUCAAAGAAAAAAAUAUGAACAGAUUAACAAACUAUUCAAACACCUUUUAUUAUAAGUAUACUAAAAGUUCUUUCAAAAAAGGUGUUCAGAAUCAUGAAUUUGAAGAAGAAGAAGAAGAAAAAAAAAAUUCCUUAUAUUAUUUUUCUAUACGUAAAAUAUCAAAUGUUAUUAAACCCCUAAACUAUCUUUGCGAAAGGGAUGAAAAAUUAAAUACUCUUCGCACCUUAACUUUAGUUAAUUUUUCCGAUUUUUUAUUUUCUCCAUACGAAGAAUUUGCACAUUAUUUUCAUGUGUUCACUAUGCCAACUUAUACACACAACAUCUACCUAAACGAUGAAUCAUAUUAUUUCCUGAGUAGACAUUUUCAAAUGAAAGGCAUAGAAAAUGAUCACCAUAUUAAUAUGAAGAUAUUGUCUAUAUGGUCUCACGAGGAAGAAAAUUAUUUGUCCCUUUGGUUUGAAACCUCCACACAUUUAAUUCCAUUUUUUUUAAUAAAAUAUAAUUUCCACGCACCAAGGUUUUCCUUCAUAGAAUUCAUGCAUAUAAUAACAAAUACCAAUGUAGGCCCCUCAGAUAGAAGUACUUCUACAGAUACUUUAAAAAAGAGUGACAUAAACCCUACCAAUUCGAGAAAUUUUCAAAAUUCGACACGUCCAUCAAGUAACAUUUACUCAUAUGCUAACUUCUACAUAUUCAGCACUAAAAAUUCAAGUAUGAAAAAAUAUAUAACCCGCGAUUUCAACAGUUUUGUACUGAACAUUCAUGUAAAAAAUAAAAUUUUUGAAGGAGUUGUGAGUGUAGAAAAAUUUACCCAUAGAGAGCAAGUUUUUUUUGUGUUACUUCAUGGAAAAAAUUUUAUUUACUUACUGGAUGGCAAUAUAAAAGAAGUGCUUGUUCACAAUGCCGAUAUGAACAUAUAUAUAGCAAUGAAACCAAUUAAAAUUCAGUGUUUAACCAAAGAAAUAAUAACUUGCUUUAUUCUGUAUGAAUUUCAUCAGAUUUUAUGGUUCUCUAUCGAAUUUGACGAUAGUAGUAGUAUUCCAAAAUUUUCGACAGAUGGUGGUACUAUGGCAAUAAAUGUCGACCCUUCCAGUAGUGCAUAUUCCCAAAAAAGUAUAGACUUAAAGGAAACUGAAUUAAAUACAAAGAUGUAUAAACAGGUUAUAAGAGAUUCAAACAUUCCUAUGAAUAAACAGAUAUUUGAAGUUAGUAAUUUAAAAUCGAAGAAAAUAAGUGUCUACAUAAUGUACAAAUAUGCAUAUAUAGAAAAAGACUUAGGCAUAAUAUCGUCGAUAUCAAAAGAUAUGGUAGUAAUAAGUAAACUUAGUGAAUAUGUCAUUUAUAUUUCAUCCAUAGAGUCCAAUAAAUUACGUGUAUAUUCAACGGAUGUUACAGAAAAUACAAUUGUAUACUACAAAUAUGUAAGAAAUGAACAUAUGUCUAAUUAUAGAAUAAAUUCCAUUUUUGCUUACUCAUAUGGUGAUAUGAAUUUUAUAAAUUCUUUUAUGGUUAAGGCGAACGAAUUAAAGUACGCCAUUUUUUCCUUUAUGCAUGAAAAACUUAGUUUAACAAAAAUUAUAUAUAAAAAGAAAAUAUCAUAUGUAUUACAGAAGCUUAUCCAAAUUGCUCCUAUAAUUGAAGGAGAUAAGAGACAAAUAAAAUAUUUUACCUUAUCAGUUUUGGAUAAAUCACUAAAUGGUCAAUAUAUAGUUAUUAAUAAAAAAACAGGAGUGAUAAGCAUGAAACUAAAUAAAAUUGAAAAGACAUCAGUUACGUUGAAAGUUAUAAUGCAUGGGUUAUUUCAUGCAACUGAAUCAAGUAUUUUGAUAUAUAUAUUGUGUGCGAGUGGAUAUUUCUAUUCUAAAAAAAAAUGUUUUCCGUGCCCCAAAGGAACCUAUAACAAUGUUGAUGAAAUUAAAGGAAAUCCAGAAAUGUUUACUUCUUGUAUUCCUUGCGAAAAAAAUAAGACAACAUUGGUUAAUUCAUCCAAAAGUAAAGAACAUUGCAUUUGUGACAUAGGGCAUGAGUAUAUAAAAAACCCCAAGAAUCCCCAUGAAUUUAUUUGCUCCCCUUGUAAAUUUGGAGAAUAUAAAGAUACAAUAUCGAACGAAUUGUGCAAAGGAAAUGGUUGCAUUCCACAUUCACGAUCUCAUGUAUUGGGUGCUAAAAGUGAGGCAGAAAGUAUUUGCAGUUGUAAUGCAGGAUAUUUUUUAUCUUUCGAUUCGAAUGGAUCUAGUAUUUGUAAGAAAUGUUUACAUGAUCACUACUGUCCAGGGAAUCUAUUGAAUAUACAAAUGUGUCCAAAACAUAAUGAAACAUUAAGAAAUGAUAAAGCAGAAUUUAUCACCAUGGAUAGCUGUUUCUGUAAAAAGGGGUAUGAACCUAUUAGUAUUGAAAAAGUAAAACAAAAAGGAAGCCGAGAUGAACAUUACUAUAAUCUUUUUUUCAACACUUAUUCUUAUGCACCAAAUAAAAUAGACCCUAAACAUAUAUGUAUGGAAUGUAAUAUAGGAUAUUAUAAAGAUUCUGUAUCAUCAGAAAGUUGUAAAAAAUGCCCAUACAAAUCUAUGAAUAAAACAUUUGGGAAUAUUACUGUAGAAAGUUGUAAUUCAUGUUAUAGUGGAUUUUAUAAAGAUGUCAAUAAAGACUGUUCUAUAUGUUUAGCGAAUCACUUUUGCGUUGGUAGUUUUCCACCAGGUGAAUUGUCCCAAUAUAUUGGAGAUGCUGUAGUAUGUCCAAAUAAUUCCAUAACUAAAGAACCAUAUGAACAUAAUGAUUCUUAUGACAAAUGCUUAUGUGUGCAAGGGUAUGUGAAACAUUCUCAAGAAUCUUACAAUUUAAAUGAGCAUUGUAAAUUGGCACCUCUAAAUUUUUAUAAAGAUACCAUAUCUAACAAUUUAGGAAUUCCUUGCCCCCCUAAUAGUAUUACAUUAGAAAAGGGAGCCAAAUCUAUUCAUGAAUGUAUUUGCAAAAAAGGGUUUUAUUACAGUAAAAAAAUUGGAGGUUGUAAGGAAUGCCCAACCGGAUAUUACUGUCCACAAAAAAAUAUGAAAAACAAAUUUAGGAUGCCUAUAAAAUGUCCGAGAAAUUCAUCAAGUGUAAAAAGAGGAUCUUAUGAUAUAACUAAUUGUCAAUGUAAUUUUGGUUAUACACCCAAUAUGCUAAUGAGUAAAUCUAGAAAUGAUCAAUUUUCAGUUAGAAAUAAAAAGAGCAACAAGAAUAAUAUUAACUCUAGUGGUACAUACUCCUCAUUUGUACAUUUCGAAAAUAUGGAUACGACUAAGUGUAAUUCCUUUAUUUAUAUGUUUUCAAAAAAUCCAAUUAACCAUGUACAAGAACGAAUUCAACAAAGUAAAACAAAUAAAAAAAAAGGAAAUCCAUUAUUACUAUGCACCAAAUGUCCAAUUUCAACUUACAAGUCGUCCAUAGCAAAUGAAGCUUGUUUUGAAUGUCCAAAACAUUCCACUACAUUAAGAAAAUUUAAUAAUUCCAACAUUUACUUUUGUCAGUGUAAUGAGGGAUAUUACCUAGAUGAACAAAUAUGCAAACCUUGUUCCUUUAACAAGUUAUAUUGUCAAGGAGAAAAGAUAUUUCAAGUAUCUCAAGAAUUGUAUGAUGAGAUGCUUGGUAUUAUUAAAAGGUAUGUCUGGUCCUUUGCCAUACCUUACAGGAAACAUUUUAUCAACUCUGUUAUCUACAACCACAGUAUGAGAUUUCUACCUCCAGCACAGGGGGAUGAAAGACGAACCAAAACACAGAAUGGAGGCGAGGUUCUUGUAGUGGAUACUAAACAAGAGGAUGAAAUGGAAGAAGAACAAGAAAAAAAAGGACUUGGAAAAAAAAAAAAAAGAAGGAGACUACCAGUGAAGAGUUAUUUCGGACAUGUUCUCCCUCCUGUGAUGUUAUUUAGUAGCAUGAGCAAGAUAGGUGAUAAAUCUGGCACGUUUUUCCUACAAAGGUAUGAAGCACGUGGUCUGGAAAAUGGAAAAAUAAAUAAUAGAAAUAUGAACAAUAAUGUGAACAGGAAUAUGGGCAAGAAAAAGAAAAAAAACAAAAAUGUAAAUGCAAAAGACAAAUUAAUAAAUAAGCUUUUGAAAAACUUUUUUUACACAGAUAGCGAGAAUGUCUCCUAUGUAAAAUAUCAGCAAUUUGUGAAAUGCCAAAAGAACACAGUAAUUCCUCUGGGAGUUGAUUCUGCACGUGACUACAAGGAUUGCAAAUGUGCAAAGGGUCACUACUUAGAGUUUGAAGAUGUUAAAAAAUCAAUUAAAAUAUGCAAUCCUUGCAAAGAAGGAACUUUUAAAAACUUUGUGGGGGAUGAAACAUCUUGUGUAUCAUGUCCACCAAAAUCGACAAGUCUAGAAGGAUCUAUAUAUCCAAAUCAUUGCUUUUGUAAAGAAGGUUUUUUCUAUAGUAUGGCAAAUUGUUUGGCUUGUUUAGAAGGUGCUAGAUGCAACGGUGGUUUACGUAAAAAUGUAAUGAGUACAAUCCAUUUAGGGUUAGAAAAUAUUCACAUAACUGAAGAAGAUCAUGUAAAACCAGAAUCUAUAAAAGGAUACUACUUGGAUGAAAGUAUGACAAGAUAUGUAGAUGUAAGAGAGUGGAAAUUUAUUAAAUGUCCAAUACAUGGUGCUUGUCUAGAAAGGAAUAAAUGUCAUUAUAGUAUGAAUAAUUACCUGUGUGUGGAAUGUGCAAAGGGGUAUACGAAUGAUUUUAAGAAGUCCCUGUGUGUAAAAUGUCCAAAUAAUGCAAUAAAUAUAAUCAUCUUACUAUGUAUAUAUAUUAUUUUUUGUUUUAUUAUUAUUUUAAUUUCUUAUUUAAAUAUCUCCUCUGGCUUUUACAGAAGAUCUAUACAUUCGAUUGUCAUCAAAAUAUCUGUCAAUUAUAUUUCAAGUAUGUUACUUGUUAACAUAUUAGAAGAGAAAAAUUUAUUAUUACCCCAAUUUGUGCACCAGUUGUAUAAUUGCAUUACUAGAUUAAUAAACAUAGGAGAAAGCAGAAAAAUAAUCAGUAUCGAUUGCUUGUUGAGAUAUUAUUUUAAUUUAAGUUAUGCUGAUUCUUUCUUCUAUUCAAGUUUAUUAUUUUUUUUUAUUCCUAUACUUCUAAUGACAACCUUGACUAUUAUACUUUUUGUUAUAUUGAAAGUUUACACCUUUAUACGGAAAACAGCAAUUGCGAAUAAGCUAGAUUUGUUAAGUAUAGCUAGAAGGGAAAAAAUACAUUUUUUGACGAGUUCUUUAGAAAAAUCUUAUUCAAAAGAAAGAUUUAUUAUGAUAUUAAGAUAUAUCAAAUUGCAACACUAUACAUGGAUAGAUAGAACAUUAAUAUUUUUUGAAGACAUGAUUCCUGUAUAUGUUACUUUUUUAUUUAUGAUACAUGGCAAAACGUCUGUUAGAAUGUUUCAAUUAUUUGAUUGUUCAUAUAUUAAGUACACAAAACAUUUUGGAAAAUAUAUCCUAAGUAGAGUUAGCAGUGUCGAAUGUGAGCUCAAGACAGAUUAUUUGAAAUUUUUUAUACUAGGGUUAUCCGGGACGAUUGUAUGGUCUUUAGGAAUCCCCUUACUCUCUUUUUUCGUUCUGUACAUAAAUAGAUGCAAUUUAUUUCAAGAAAAAAUUUUAAUAAAAUAUGGAUUUUUACAUAAUGGAUACUUACCAAAUAGGUGGUAUUGGGAAAUUAUAGUCUUUGUCCGAAAAAUAUUCUUUCUUUUUAUCACCACUGUUGUAUUAUUUCCCUCAGAAGAGACCAAUACAUCAAAAUUAUUGCUGAUAACAUUCGUGGCAAUAUUUUCCUUAUGUGUGCAUUUCAUUUUCCAACCUUUUGAUAAGAGGAAUUUUUUUAUGUUAAACAAACUCGAGAACAUGAGUUUGUAUAUAUGGGUUUCUACCAUCGUUGUUAUAUCUAUUUUGUUAUCCAUAAAUCUGAAUGAUUUUCUUAAUUUCAUAAUUUUAUCUUCUUUGAUUCUUCUUCAUGUAAUGUUUUCAGUCAAAUUGUUGUUUUGCUUAUUCUAUGAAUGCGUCGAUAAUAUGAGAAGAAAAAAGGCAUUCUACCAUGUCCCUGUUAUUAGCAAUUUUACAAAAAACCUGAUCGAACUUGUGCAGAGAAGGAAGAUACAAGAGCCAUUAAUUUAUUAUGACAAAACUGAUAGACAAAUUUCCAUAAUGUUACCUGAUUCCGUUAUUAAAAAAAAAAAAAAAAGUCAGCAUUUUGCUCAUUCAAUUAAGCGUAUUUUUAAGCACUUCCUCAGAUGUUUGAAGAAGAAAAGGGGACAAAAAGGUAACAAGUAUGAUAGGUAUCAUCACAAAGGGAGGGAAGAAAGGAAGGACGAAAUGAGUGAUCAAAGCCAUAGUAGGAGCUACAAUGGGGCGUAUGCUCAAGUCAAGUCAACCCAAGGAGACGACUCAAAUGACGAUGCGAACGGAAAAAAGCAAGGGGUCACACGGAGACAUGUGACAAAGAGAAGACCCGCAUGUAGGGUUAAAAAUGACAUGCAAUAUUAUUUCCUGAAUGUACAAAAAAAAAAAAAAAAAAAAAAAAAAGAUAACAUUGGUGAUGGUAACAUAUGUGAUGAUGACAUGCGUGAUGAUGACAUGCGUGAUGAUGACAUGCGUGAUGAUGACAUGCGUGAUGAUGACAUGCGUGAUGAUGACAUGCGUGAUGGUGACAUGAGUGAUGGUGACAUGAGUGAUGGUGACAUGCGUGAUGGUGAUAAGAAUUUUUGCGGCGAAAAUUUUAUGAAAAGUCAAAAAAUGAAUUUCUGCUUUUUUCUGAAAAGCAAUAAUGAGUCUACGUGCACAAGCAUUAAUAAGGAAUAUAGAAUGUUUGCAAUAGAAAUAUAUGAAGAAUUGUUAGAUAUAUUCAUGACAAAUGUUACUUUAACACACAUUUCUUAUGUAUUUUUUGAAUUCAUAUUUAAAAUUACAAUAAACAUAGGGAAUUUAAUAGACAACCUGGAUCAAAAGGAUCAAAUGUUUGUGUCCAUGGAUCAAGAACAGAACUUUAACAAUAUCAUUCAGUGGUCUCUCGAAAGGAAGGAAAAAUAUAACGAAAAUAAAAAAUUAGAAAAAAGCAAAAUAUGUAAUUUUAAAAAUUGCAAAUAUGAUAAUACCUUGCUUGAUUUAGAUGUAGAAUCGUUGAAUAUUUCUUCCUCCAUUUGUGAGGAAGAAGAAGGAAUAGGAUCAAAUCAAAAUAUUUGGAACAUGAUGGCGCAAGGGCACGGCGAUCCAUCUGAUGAAAUUUUUAAAAAAUCCAACCUAAGCGGAAAAAGUCCAAAAAUUCAAGUUUCCAAGAAAGAAAGAGAAAAACUGUUCACGUUUUUCAGUGAUGAUCUGCUUAACAGGAAAAUUAACUUGUCAGAAUUUUAUUUUAUACUUAUAGAACUGAAAUUGAAAUAUUGCAAAAACUUGCCUUCCUAUUUUUACAUGUUCAUGUUAUAUAAAAAAUUGGAAAAACAAAAGGAAAGACAAGAAUUGAGAAAGUUAAAUAGAAAACUGAAGGAAUGUCAAAGAGUUAGAGACAAGGGAAAAGUGAAAUCGACUUCACAAAAUUUAGAAAGGAAUCAAUUAAAGGAAAAAACAGCCUUACUAUAUAAAGAGUAUAAAGAUUUGUGUAAAAUGAUGAUUCAAUUAAAAGAGAAAUAUAUUAACUUAAGUAAGAACGAUUUAGAAAAGUGUUCAUCCAAAGAAUAUACAGUUGCCAAUUUGGAUGAUAAUGAGAUUUCUCUUUCCAGUGGGUCUUCCAUGGAGGACAUUCUCCAUUCUAUGGGGUUUGAUCAAUCGGGGCGACCAAGUGACCAAGACGAAAAAGAGGAAUAUGGGUUAGGCAAAAAUGGAACAUAUUAA